AUGUCCGUCUCUAUUGAGACCACUGAGAUUCCUACUCCCGCCGUCCUCCCCAUUCAGACCCCAAGCCUUGGCUCCAAGUCGAGGAUGCCCGAGUUCAGCCUGGCUGGAAAGGUCGUCUUGGUCUCUGGUGCAGGCCGUGGCUUGGGUCUCGUCCAAGCUGAAGCUUUGCUGGAAGCUGGUGCCGUUGUGUACGCACUAGACCGUCUGGAGGAGCCUUCUCCCGAGUUUUCCAAAGUGCAGGAGCGCGCGGUGGAGGAGUUGAAUACCCGAUUCUACUAUCGUCGCAUUGACGUCCGCGACGCAGAGCUGCUCAACAGCACCGUCGAAGCCAUCGCCGACGCUGAGGGCCGCAUGGAUGGUCUAGUCGCCGCCGCUGGCAUCCAGCAGGAGACCUCCGCGCUCGAGUAUACCGCCAAGGACUCCAACACCAUGUUCGAGGUCAACGUGACCGGGGUGUUCAUGACCGCGCAAGCAGUCGCCAAGCAGAUGAUCCGAUUUGGCAACGGCGGGAGCAUGGCCCUGAUUGCCAGCAUGAGCGGCACUGUCGCCAACAAGGGACUCAUCUGCCCCGCAUACAACGCCAGCAAAGCCGCCGUCCUCCAGCUGAGCCGCAACCUCGCCAUGGAGUGGGGCCAGUACAACAUCCGCGUCAACACCAUCUCCCCGGGCUACAUCGUGACCGCCAUGGUCGAGAACCUAUUCGUCAAGUUCCCCGAGCGCCGUGACGAGUGGCCCAAGCAGAACAUGCUUGGUCGACUGUCCGCCCCCGAGGAGUACCGCGGCGCAGCGGUCUUCCUCAUUAGUGACGCCAGCUCCUUCAUGACCGGCAGUGAUCUCCGCAUGGACGGAGGUCACGCAGCCUGGUAG